CACCAGAGGAGUCCAGUGGCUCCUAGUGAGUAUGUGGGGGCCAGGGGGCCCAGGUAGUCCUGGGACCCCCGGACAUGGGUGAGCGGUCCUACCAUGGAGCCCAAAUGUGCUCUGGCACCAACCCCAGGAAGUGCCAGGACCUGGGAGACUCAAUUCUUCUGAUUCUAGGAAGCUUCAUCUUGCUCAACGUGGGAAUCAAUGUGGUGAUUCUGCUCUGGAGGCAUCUGAAGAGCUCCUUGCGGAUUCUUUUUCAUUAUUUUUUCCCCAAAGACAAGCAACACAGCUGUGCAGGCAGCCAUCCCAUGUGUAUGCGCAACUCAGCGGAUCCCAAGAACCUGCCCUCAAGAGUUUCUUCCCGCUUCCAUCAUCGCCCAAGCUUCCUGCUCAGGCACCCUAACCACCUUGACUCCUGGACAGCAGACAUGAAUGAUGAGAUUUCUAGGUGCUGCUGGAUGCCGCCCCCAUGUGGACACACCAGGGCUCCGAUGGAGGCUCCGUGGGGACUGUGGAAGGAGGGGAUGAUGGGAGCUGGGGAGGCCCCUCAGGACACAACCUUAAACACCCAGGCCAACAAUCUCGCCAGGCAAGAGACAUCUUCCCAGUUAGCCAGAACAAGCAAGUUGGACGUGGUUCCAUUUUGCUUGCCCCAGGAGAGCAAGACUAAGACUCCUGACUAUGCCUUGGCCCAGUUCCAGUCCCAAUCCCCAGCCCACGCCUCUGAGCACACUGCCCCCCAGACCCAUGCCUACUCCCUAGCCCACACCUGCACAUCCCCAGUGCACAUCCCUGAGCAUACUCCCUCCCAAAUCUCUCCAGCCCACACCCCUCACCACAAACCCUCCCCCACUCAGACCUCCCCAGGCCACCCCCCUCAGUACAGCCCCUCCCAGGCCCAGACCUACUCCCCAGGCCACCCCCCUCAGCACAACCCCUCCCAGGCCCAGACCUACUCCCCAGGCCACCCCCCUCAGCACAGCCCCUCCCAGGCCCAGACCAACUCCCCAGGCCACCCCCCUCAGCACAGCCCCUCCCAGGCCCAGACCAACUCCCCAGGCCACCCGCCUCAGCACAGCCCCUCUCAGAUCCAUGACCUUGAAUAUACCUCUGUCCACACACAGACCUCUGAGCACUUAACAGUCCAUGCCCCAGUUCCCACCAUGGACCAUGCCCAUCUAACCCAUAACCAUGCCCAUACCUUGGUCCCAGUGCCUCCAGUAACUUCUGCCUCUGCCACUAUUCCUACCCCAGCCCCUACACCAGUCCCUGUCCAAAUCUCUGCCCCAACAUCUGCCCCAGCACUGUUCAUGACUCUAACUACCACUCCAGUGCCUAAUCCUGUCCAUGCCACCACUCCUACCUCCAUCCUAACUCCUAUUCCCUCUAACCUGACUGUCUUCAGCCAAGGCCUCUCCACUGGCCAUGUGGUCUGUGCUGCCCGCAGGGUAAAGCAGAACUUAUUCCAAGUAUGCUCCCCUCAGAACUCUGGAUAUUCCGGAAAGGACCUGGGAACCCUCUCCAGGUCUCAAGAGGACCAAGGUCUGGUAAACUCUGGUAUAGCUGAGCAAACAUCAGGGUCAUGCAGUAGGGAUGGUGAUAAACCCUCUACAGAAUCUAUACUAGGUUACCUGGAGUUGGAAAAUAUGGAAUGGAAGAUCUCAAAUAAUGCUGAAGACAAAUUCUUACAGCCCAAUACCUUCCCUUACUGCAGCUUCCAUCCUUGCAGUUCUGAGGGGAGAAACACAGAUUCCCAGGCUCCAGUCUACCCCAAAUUCCUGGUCUACUCCAAGGAUACUACACCUUCCCAACCUUGCUUCCAUUGUCCAACCAGUGCCCAGAAUUCACAGUGCAGCAUUCCUCCACCAUGCACUCUUUCUCUGCCUCUUAUUCCUCCCAGAUCCUUUGUCCUUCAUCAACCUGCCAACCACCAGAAACUUUCCACUUUAAUACAAACCUCCACCUUUCUCCCAAGCUCCAGGUCUCCUCAGUCCAGCCCCUCUUCCCAGUUUCCUAUUCCUUCCCAGUUCUCUGUGAUUUCCCAACUCCCAACCCAACCCCAGCCCCCUGAAGUUGAUGAGAGUCUAGGCCUCACUCAAGACUCUGGCCUUCAAAGGACUCCAGAUCCUUCAAAAGACUCUCAAGUUCCCAGGAACCCAGGCCUUACCCAAGAUUCAGACCUCCAUAAGAACCCAGGCCUUGCUCAAGAUCUAGGCACCCACAAGAAUCCAGGCCUCGGCAAGAAUCCAAGCUCUUCCCAAGACCCUGGCCUUCAGAAGAAUCCAAAUAUUACCCAAGAUUCCGACCUACAAAAAAUCCAAGGUGCUACUCAAGAUGCUAAUAUCUUUAGGAGUUCGUGUCUCACAAAACCCUCUGGCUUUCACAGGAAUACACCAUAUCCCCAAACUCCUGACAUUCAUAAAAGCUCAGGCUUUAUGCAAGAUUCUGGGGUUUAUAGGAAUCUAGAAGAAAACCAAGAGAUUGCAGUCACCAAAAGUCAAGAUCUCUCCCAAACAACUGGCAUCCAUAACAGUCCAGGCCCUUCUCAAGAUGCUGGAGGUUGCAAGAGUACAGGCAAUAUCCAAAAUCCAGGAGUUCCUAAAAGUAUUGGCCUUAACCAAGAUUCUGACCCUCAGAAAUGCCCACACCUUGCCCCAGACUCUCGAGUCAAGAAGAGUUCAGGCAUUUCCCUGGAAUCUUGUGUCCGCAAGUACCCAGGCCAUAUGAAAACCUCUGGCCUCCAUAAGGGUCCAAGCCUUACCCAAGACUCAGGAGACAACAAGAGUCUAGGCCUUGCUCAAGAUUCUGACAUCCACAAGAAUCCAGGCUUUACCCGAGCCACUGAAGUAAAAAAAAGAUUUGACCUUACCCAAGAUAUCGGAAUUCACAGGAACCCAGAACAUGCCCAGGACCCUAAUUUCCACAAGUUGCAAGGAAUUAAUCAAGAUCCUGGUCCCCAUAAGGGCCCAGCCCUUAUCCAAGAUACUAGACUCUCAAAGACUCCAGGCCUUACCCAGAAGUCAGGCUUCUGCAAGGACUCUUGCCUUAUCCCAAAUCCUGACCUCCAAGAGAAGCCAGAUCUUGCUCUAGGUACUUGCUCUAAUCAAGUCUUGGACCCACCCCAGACCCCAAAGUCAACACAGUCCCUUAUGAAGUCAUUUGUAACUAAGGACACUCCUCGGAAGGAAGGUGCAGGGCAGCAUGUAUCUUGGAUGCCUGCCCCAAACUCCUGCUCUUCCAAGAAUCAAGUGAGCUGCAAUGACCUGCAAGCCUUCUCAGAGGUACCUGUACUAAUCGAGCUGCAGCCAUCCUCCCGACGAGCAGGCAGUCAAGACUGGGUAUACCGCCCUGUGGAUCCAGUUUCUUCAGCCUGCCAGAACUAUCGCCAGAUGUCCGUGCCUCACAAAAUCAACUGGAAACCCUAUUGUCCUGGGCCGGGUGCCCGGGUAGGGCAUGUGGUCUUUGAUGCCCGCCAGAGACAGUUUGGAGUGGGCAGGGACAAGUGUGAGGCUCUGUCUCCAAGGCGUCUUCACCAAGAGGCAUCCAGGAACUCACCUGAGACCAUUGAGUGGGGAUAUCAGUGUGUGAUGAGGACCUUGGAAAAAGAGGGGGCAAAGCAUCAAGAAUAAAGAGAUGAGA